UGGGUGUCGUAGAGCAGGAGUUGGGGCUGUGAGGAUGUGACAGCUCUCCACUAAUAAGGGGAUUAUAAACUCUGCCACAUUCUCUGAAUUACAUUACAGCUGUGCGGUGAGGGUGGAGAGAGCAUCAGAGAAAACAGAGAGAGAGAGCGAGGGGAGAAGAACGAAGGAGAAAAGAGCGCGGCAGUGGAGAUCAGGUGAUCAAUAAGAUCGGAGAGGAACCAUCUCAAAUUUUCCUGGAUUCAAGCGAAAACAUACGUUUUUUAGUUUAGUCAGAUUGGACUGUGGUCCUUCUCUUCACAUAUCAGACACAGGAGGAGGACUGUCGCCGGAAAAAAAGCUCUUUCAGUUCAAGGAAGCGUCUGCUUGCCAUGGCCCCUCCUGCUCUGUUGGUGCUAGCAAUGGCGGUUGCCACGGCAACUGGGGCCCUCUCAGCCAGCGAGGAGAAUGAACUGGAUUACGGCUCCUGGAACUACAGAGAAGGAGCGGACAGGGUGGACGUGGCCUCGGUGCGCAGUGUGACCAGAGUUCUAGAUGUCUGGGGAAAACGCAUCUUCCGUGAGAUCAAGACUUUGCUGCACUCGGAGCCCAGCUCUCUGCUGCCCGACUACUCGCGGGUGCGCCCUCUGUCCGAGUCCGUCAACGACUUGUUCAGAGAAGUCUCCCUGCUGCGCAUGCGCAUCACCGAGCUCUCUCGUCGCCUAGCAACCCUGGAACCGUUCCUCCGUCACCACGGCUACCGGGAGGUGGGGGAGGAAGAGGCGGGAGGCGGCCGUGCUCUGGCACCUCACAGCCUGAGCGCAGAGGCGGUGAGCCUGGCCCGGUACGCCCCCAGGACCGGGAGCCGGGUGGUGAGGAGGAGACGGGUGAGAGUCCUGAAGAACGGGGGAGAGAGUCAGGCACAGUGAUGGAGAGGAAGAGGGAGUCGUCAUUGAAAGAUUCUAUAAAUAUCCUGUCAUGAAAGAAACACAUUGCAUUUAAAUGUUUGUAAAAAAUAACGUCUUCCUGAUAUGUAGCUUUUACUGUAGGAUCACCGCUCAUGGAGGUAGUCUGCUUAUCGUGUGAUUUAUUGGCAGAUGUGAGUCUUUGCAAUUUACUAAAUAUGUUGCUGUUGCUCAGCCAAUCACACGGCCCCACUCCGCUGGGCAUUAUUGACGUGAUGGAGGUUUUGCUCCAUGUGAUUAAAUGGUCACGUUGGAUAAAAAAAUAAUGGUGCAAUAAAAAAGGAAAGUAAUUGGCUGAUUUAAAAAGAUAAUAAAACGGUAGACUUAUUGUCUUAGUUCAGCUUUUCAUGGUUAUAUUAAAUCCCCGUAGAAUUCCCCGUCUCUAUUAUACUGACGGUCUCUGUAAACAACUAUUGAAGCAGAGCAAAAAAUAUGACAGGAAAUGCAAGAAAGUAAAGGCUCAUAUAUAUGUACACUUUAUACAUAAUAAUAUUAUAUCAUUGUAUUUGCAUUUGUUUUGUUUUUAUAGCUAUGUAUGUAAAAAUUAUAACUAUAACUACACAUAAUAAAAAAGCAUUUAUACAUUUUUUUACAGAAAGCCUGAAUAAAAAACUAGAGAUUUAUUUUAUAAAUCUGACCGUAUUCGAUGCAAUGGAUUUUAUAGCAGCGACUCUCAGCACUUUGCUUCAAUACUUCCUCUCUAGCCAUGAAUGAAACGUGCACUGUGGCCUAAAUAUCCCAGCCGGUAAGCAGCGGGUGGAGUGUUGUAUCCACAAGGUGUCAGUGCGCUGCUGCUGCCCGAAGCGGACGGGACGUCACAACUGAUUCACGGAGGCUUCAUCCUCUCUCCCUUUAUUCAGUGCAGCUUAAGUCAGAGCGGUCAACAGGGGCUAUUACAUGCUAACAUAAUGAUACUGUUUGCGUAGGGUGAUUGUGUGUGUGUGUGUGUGUGUGUUGGACACUGACCACAAACUUUAUGCCUUCAUUAAAACUUUGCAGAGUGUUUCUACAGCAA